GUUGCCAAGGCACUGUUGGGAGAAGCUCAUUUCCCCCCCUGGAGCUCUAGGAUGUGGAUGUGAGUAGGUAGAAAAGGAAGGCAGAUGGCGACAAAGAGUAACCCUAGCCCCGCGCCCAUGGGCACAGCUCAGGGGGACCCGGGCGAGGUAGGGACACUGCCAGGGCCCAAUGCUGGCAUUAGGAACACAGUUUCGACCACUCAUCAGGUGAAGCCCUGGAAGGGGCACAACAACAAGGCGGUCAUCAUUGACCUGGGCUCCCAGUACUGUAAGUGUGGGUAUGGGGGAGAGCCGCGGCCCACUUACUUCAUCUCCUCCACGGUGGGCAAGCGCAGUCCCGAGGUGACCGCCGAUGCUGGCGACACCCGCAAGGAGACCUACGUGGGCCAUGAGCUGCUCAACAUAGAGGCGCCUCUGAAGCUGGUCAACCCUCUGAAGCACGGCGUCGUGGUGGAUUGGGACUGCGUCCAGAGCAUCUGGGAGUACAUCUUCCACACGGCCAUGAAGAUCUGCCCCGAGGAGCACCCCGUGCUGGUCUCCGACUCCCCGCUCAGCUCCAGCAGCAGCAGGGAGAAGUACGCGGAGCUCCUGUUCGAGACCUUCAGCAUCCCGGCCAUGCACGUGACGUCCCAGGCCCUGCUCUCCAUCUACUCCUAUGGCAGGACCACGGGGCUGGUGGUGGAGAGCGGGCACAGCGUCUCGCACGUGGUGCCCAUCUCCCAGGGCGACAUCCUCCCGGGCCUCGCCAGCCGCGCUGACUACGCGGGCAGCGACCUCACCAACUAUCUGAUGCAGAUGCUCAACGAGGCCGGCCACAGGUUCACGGAUGACCACCUGCACAUCAUAGAGCACAUCAAGAAGAAAUGCUGCUACGCGGCCCUCCUGCCGGAAGAGGAGCAGCUGGGCCUGGAGGAGCUGCGCUUGGACUACGAACUUCCAGACGGCAAGGUCAUCACCAUCAGCAAGGAGCGCUUUCGCUGCGCCGAGAUGCUCUUUAAGCCCUCCCUGGUGGGCUGCCCCCAGCUCGGCCUCCCUGCGUUCACGGCUGCCUGCCUGGACCGCUGCGAGGAGGCGGGCUUCAAGGAGGAGAUGGCCACCAACGUGCUGCUGUGCGGCGGCUGCACCACGCUGGACGGCUUCCCCGAGCGCUUCCAGAGGGAGCUGAGCCUCCUCUGCCCCGAGGACAGCCCCAUAGUGGCCGCUGGCCCCGAGAGGAAGACCUCCGUGUGGACCGGCGGCUCCAUCCUGGCCUCACUGGAGGCCUUCCAGCAGCUCUGGGUCAGCAAGGAAGAGUUCGAGGAGCGGGGCGGUGCAGCCAUCUACACCAAAUGCUGAGGGGCGGGCCCCCAACAGGCCCGCCAGGGCCUCCCUGUGCAUUUGCAGAAUUUCACAUAAAAUUUUAUUGUGCAGUGUC